AUGCUGAAUGUGAGUACCCUGGGUAAUGCUGCCCAGCUGGUCAUCCUCAUCAUCGCUCUGAUCAAACAUCAAAUAGCGAUUGUGCAAACCUCCAUAAUCAGCGCGGUCAUCUCCAACAGUGUGCUUAUGGUGGGCAUUGGAUUCUUAUUCGGAGGCAUGAAUCCGAUCGAGCAUUGCUUCAACCCAUUCUUCGUCAGCGAUUCUUUGGUCGCAUUCAGCGUCGCAGCACUCCUAUUACUCACCGCCAUGGAGACUUUCGCACGCUCGGCAACAGCCAGGAUGUCAUCGCAAAAUUCUCCCGAGGGGAAGCCAAACUCCUACUGCUGUCUUAUCUCUGCCUCUGCUUUCCCUGCUACAAAACGCAUUCGUUAA